GUUCAGGUUGGAUUUCCUUGCCUUGGAAAACAAGAUGGGGUCGCUGCAUUUGAAGUGAAUGUGAUCAUAAUGAAUUCAGAAGGCAAUAUUAUUCUCCAGACCCCUCAGAAUGCCAUCUUCUUUAAAACCUGUCAGCAAGCGGAAUGUCCAGGAGGAUGCAGAAACGGAGGGUUUUGCAAUGAAAGGCAUGUCUGUGAGUGUCCAGAUGGAUUUUAUGGGCCUCACUGUGAGAAAGCGCUGUGUGCUCCUCGCUGCAUGAACGGUGGGCUCUGCAUCACGCCCGGCCUCUGCAUCUGCCCCCCGGGGUUCUACGGCAUCAACUGCGACAAAGCAAACUGUACCACAACCUGUUUCAAUGGAGGAACGUGUUUCUAUCUGGGAAAAUGCAUUUGUCCUUCAGGCUAUGAAGGAGACCAAUGUGAAAUCAGUAAAUGUCAUCAGCCCUGUCGAAAUGGAGGCAAAUGUACGGGUAAGAAUAAAUGCAAGUGCUCCAAAGGCUACCAGGGAGACCUGUGUUCAAAGCCUGUCUGUGAGCCCGGCUGUGGCCUGUACGGCACCUGCGCUGAGCCCAACAAGUGCCAGUGCAAAGAAGGCUGGCAUGGGAGACACUGCAAUAAAAGGUACGGAGCCAGCGGUCUGAGCGCCCUGAGGCCAGCAGGCAGCAAGCACAGGCAGCACACGCCUUCGCCAAAAAGGGCCGAGGAGAGGCAGGUUCCACCCGAAUCCAAUUAUAUCUGGUGAACUCCAGCAUCUGAAACGGUUCAUGUUACGCAAAGUUCAUAGCCUUCAUUAACCUCUCAUGGAUUGAAUGUUAAAACGCUGUUCAUUACAGUUAAGAUUACUGGCUGGCAUUUUAUUAGCUUCAUUAUAAACCACUGAGCUGAUAUUUACUAUUCCUUUUAAGUUUUAUAAAUACUUCUAUAGCAUGAUUAUAUAGGCUGCUUAUUUCAGUGCUUUGGAUGGUGUUUUGUACUAUACUUCAGUUACGUUUAAACUUCCUUUUCUUACUAUAUAGCUGCAAAAAAACCUAAAUAACAAUAUUCAAGCAGAAAACCUCGUAGACGCUAACUCGAAUCAUUUCAAUGACUACAGAUUUAAUUUGCCUAAGACAAAAGAAAGGUGCAUUUUACAUUUUUGCUAUUGGGUAUUUAGACUUUCCCCUAAAAAAAAAAAAAUAAAAUAAGUUGCUUAAUUUAAAAACCGAACAACUCAAUUCAAUGUUAUUUUUGACCUUACAGUUUUGCAAAGUACCGUGUAUUAAUAAUACACCGCAUUUUAACCAAUAUAAUAUAUCGUAAACAAAGUAGAACUCUAAUGUAUGAGCUUUCUGCAUCGGCUUGAAGCAAUAUAAUAUAUUGUAAACAAAACAGCUCUUAUGUAAUAAACUUUUUUUACUGACGGUUAUGUAUAAAAUAAAGAUGCUGCUUUAGUUUUU